GUGAAGCGCUUCAUUAGGGUAUAUUCCUGAUCAGAUCUCUUUUCUUUCUGUCUCUCUAGCUCAGGUCUUCUGGACUGAGUUGACUGACACUGAGCUGCCAUCAUGGGAGAGAGAAAAGGAGUGAACAAAUAUUACCCUCCUGAUUUUGACCCUGCUAAGCAUCGCUCCAUCAAUGGCUACUGGAAAACUCAUCCACUGCGUGAGAGAGCCAGGAAGCUCUCACAGGGCAUCCUCAUUAUCAGGUUUGAGAUGCCCUACAAUAUCUGGUGUGAUGGCUGCAAGAAUCACAUAGGCAUGGGGGUUCGAUACAAUGCAGAAAAGAAGAAAGUGGGCAAUUACUACACUACGCCGAUAUACAGGUUCCGAAUGAAGUGCCACCUGUGUGUGAACUACAUUGAGAUACAGACAGAUCCAGCCACAUGCGAUUACGUCAUCGUGAGCGGCGCAAGUCGCAAAGAGGAGAGAUGGAACAUGACUGAAAAUGAACAAAUACUCACCACUGAACACAGUGAGAAGGAAAAGCUCGAGACUGAUCCCAUGUACAAGCUGGAGCACGGUGGGAAAGACAGAGAGAAGCUGCGUGCUGCCAUUCCAUCUCUUACUGAGAUUCAACAGCGCCAGGCUAGAUGGAAAGACGACUUUGAUCUCCACUGCUGCCUUCGCAAGAAGUUUAGGGAAGAGAAGAUGGUCAAAUGUGAAGAGGAGGAGAAAGACAACACCGUGAGGAAGAGGAUGUGUCUGUCUAUACCUUUGGUGCCUGAAAAGAACGAGGACAAAAAGCUCGCUUCGCUACUCACCUUCCAGAGCCCUGACUCAUACGAGGAUGGACAGCGUGCAAAGAGGCAGCAGAUCUCCUCUUGCUCCUGGUUUUCUCCAUCUUCCUCCACUCCAACAAGGACUGCUGUGGGAAGACUCCUCAACAAACUGGGCCAGAAGGGCAGAGGCGCCACUGCUGCCAAAGCUCUGAAAACCACUCCAGGCAGUUCCCUUGUCCGCAAGAGGUCAGACGGUUGUGCCAUUGUUGAUGAUGCCAGCCUGACAGCAUGUUCCACCCAGGAGUCUGUUUCAUGCCCAAACAUUGCCACUUCGGACUCAAAAAUCACUGAUUCGUCCUCUAUACAGUGCUUAGAGGACAGACGUGAGACAUGUAGACCAAGCACAGAGGAGAGGGCUGGAAAGUCAUUUCCAGAGGUGCAUUGUGAGACAGAAGGACACAGUAGCACUCAGACCUGCUCUGCAUCGUCACUAGUGCCAGAUUACAGUGACUCAGACUCCGAUUUGGCUCAGUGAAGACUGAAAUUGAAGUUGUACACAUCGUAGGCCAGCUGAUCAAAAAGAAAUAAAUCAUAACGUUUUGGGAAACCCUGAAUCAUUUGUAUAUCAUUCUGACCAGGCUUGGUCAGAAUGAUAUACAAAUUGGAUCCUCAUGGUGGUCUCGGAAAGUUCGUCAUUAAAAUUCACAUCACCUACCUUUAGAUGCUACAUAACUGUUGUACAGUCUGUUGGACAAUUAUUAGCACCCUUCAUUGUUUAAAAUAUACAUUACACUUACGCUACCGUUCAAAAGUUUGGGGUCACUUUGAAAUGUCCUUAUUUUUGAAAGAAAAGCACUGGUCUUUUCAAUGAAGAUCACUUUAAACUAAUCAGAAAUACACUCUAUACAUUGCUAAUGUGGUAAAUGACUAUUCUAGCUAAAUUCUACUAAAUGUCUGGUUUUUGGUGCAAUAUCUCCAUAGGUGUAUAGAGGCCCAUUUCCAGCAACUCUCACUCCAGUGUUCUAAUGGUACAAUGUGUUUGCUCAUUGCCUCAGAAGGCUAAUGGAUGAUUAGAAAACCCUUGUACAAUCAUGUUAGCACAGCUGAAAACAGUUUAGCUGUUUAGAGAAGCUAUAACAUCAUUCCAGUCUCAUAUCAAAAAAGUCAGUAAAUCUGCUUUCUUCCAUCUCCGAAACAUCUCCAGACUCAGGCCCUUACUUUCAAACACAGUUACAGAAACUCUCACUCAUGCCUUUAUCUCCUCCCGUCUAGACUAUUGCAAUGCUAUUCUGCUUGGUCUACCCAACAAGGCCAUAGACAGACUGCAAUAUGUCCAGAACUCUGCUGCCAGGAUCCUUACAGGUACUAGGCCCUGGCAGCACAUCACCCCCAUUCUCAAACAGCUUCACUGGCUCCCCAUCAAAUCUCGCAUCAUCUACAAAGUCCUCCUCCUCACUUUCAAGUCCCUUCAUGGCCUGGCCCCCCAUUACCUCUCUGAGCUCCUCCACCCCUAUACUCCCUCAAGAUCCCUGCGGUCCUCAUCCAAGGGCCAGCUGGUCAUUCCUCGUUCCAGACUUAAGGCCACCAGUGACAGAGCAUUUCAUGUAGCUGCUCCAUUUCUGUGGAACAAACUACCCAACACCAUUCAGCAUGCCCCUUCACUGGCAGUGUUUAAGCAACAUCUCAAAACACAUCUUUUCUUGGAGGCCUUUGGCUGCUAGUUUCCACAAGCACAUACACCUACAUACGCACCUACACACACCUACACAGAUACCUUGUUAAGGGCCCUGUCACACUACGACGUUCUCACCAGUGUUCGAGUAACGUGUUGCGAAACGCAGAGGAACGUCGAGAACGUUAGAAAAAAGUUACAAGAAAGUUAGACGAGCGUCGGCAAACGUUGGGGAACGUCGAGGGACGUCGGCGAACGC